AUGGGCUACCGCAUGGGUCGCCCGCCUGGACGCGGCUUUGAUGAAUACUACAAGGCCUAUAGUGUUGCGAUGCUCCCUGGGAAGGAACGAGACAACGUUAGUUACGGUGGAAAGAUCAUAAUGCCUCCAUCUGCACUUGCUACUCUAUCUUCGAUGGAACUCGAGACUCCUGCAUGGAUGUUCAAACUUCAGAACGCCACCAAUCCCGCAGCAUCCACGCACGCUGGUGUCCUAGAAUUCAUUGCCGAGGAAGGCUGUGUCCAUCUACCGCAUUGGAUGAUGCAGACACUGCGACUGGAAGAAGGUGACCCAAUACGCCUGAACAGCUGCAAUCUACAGAAGGGCAAGUUCGUCAAGCUCCAAGCGCAAAGCACCUUAUUCCUGGAAAUAUCUGACCCGAAAGCAGUGCUUGAACAAGCCUUGCGGCAUUUCACGGCACUCACUCAAGGCGACAUUAUCGAGAUCUCGUAUAACUCGAUAGUAUUUGGGUUGCUGGUAAUGGAAACGCAGCCUGGCGGAGAGGGAAUCAGUGUUCUUGACACCGAUCUCGAAGUGGACUUCGCAGCUCCAGUCGGCUAUGUUGAACCCGAGCGCCCCAGAGCCGUGGCGUCCACUAUGGCAUCGAAGCUCAACAUUGACCUGAACUCUCAGACCCCAACAUCAUCCCGCCCUACAUCGUCUCUCGGCGGUAACUUUGCUGGUACCACCUCUCGCACUCCUGCUAUGAGCAAGGGCGGCGACCAUUGGGAAAGUUUCAAGGGUAAGGGAGAGACCCUGGGCGGUCGCAAGACAAAGGGUAAAGGUAUCAGCCAUAGAAAGGUCGAGGAGGUCUCGCAAGAUAGCAAGAUUAUCAGAACAGAUCAACAUCGUGUGGUGACGAGCGAAGCCCUUGAAGCUGAUGCAACGGCCCCUGCACCUCUGAACCUUCCAUUUGGCCAGUUGUUUUUCGGGUUCAACGUUCCGCCCUAUGUCCCUCCUAGCGAGAAGUCUACUGAAGAGGAGCCGCUUGCAAUCCUCGAGCAGCAAAGGCAAGGAGAAAGAGAACGCGACCUCGUGGGGACCUAG